AUGCUGGAGAAGGCAUUGUAUGGUCUAAAACAGGCACCUAGGGCCUGGUACAGCUGGAGCAAUCCAGACCAAUUGAGCAAGUUCAAACAAUCCAUGCAAUCUGAAUUUGAGAUGAUAGAUUUGGGGGAGAUGACAUAUUUCCUUGGUAUGCAGAUUUUUCAGUCUAAAAGUGGAAUAUUUGUGUACCAGGAAAAGUAUGCAAAUGAGAUUCUCAUAAAGUUUGGAAUGGAGAAUUGCAAACCUGCAGAUACACCCUUAGUCUCUAACCUGAAGCUAAGCAAGAAUGAUGGUAAGAAAAGAGUGGAUGAGAGUAUGUUUAGAGGCUUGGUGGGAUGCUUGCUGUAUUUAACAGCCACACGUCCGGACCUGAUGUUUGUAGCUAGCUACCUCUCUAGAUUUAUGAGUUGUCCAAGUGAAUCACAUUAUAGGGCAGCAAAGAGGGUGUUAAGGUAUGUGAAAGGAACUUCAAACCUUGGCAUUUGGUUCAAGAGGGCAGAAAAACUAGUUUUGCAGGGAUACACAGACAGUGACUGGGGAGGUUCUUUAGAUGACAUGAAAAGUACCUCAGGGUAUGUGUUUUACAUUAAUGAAGGUGCCAUUAGUUGGUUUUCAAAGAAGCAAGACACGGUGGCUCAGUCCACUGCAUAG